CAAUAGGGGUGCAACUGCACAGAUCUCCAUCUAAAAGCGAGACGGAUGCACCCAUGAGCACCAUCCGUGAUCGAAUCAAGUGUAAAUUGUAGAUCUAGACCCCGUCAAGAGAAUCAGUGUUUUUGGACUAUCCAAGCCCCUCCCAUCUGUUCCGCGGAGUGGCGCGGCCAAGAUAGGUUUCUGCCGGUGCAGUUGAGACGAGAUAGACGCUGUUUCAAAGUUGUCAAUGAGAAGAAAAGUUUGAAGGCAAGACUACUAAGAAGGACUAGGAAUGGGUUGUGCCCCUAGCAAGAAGAAAAGCCGAAGCAAGAAGAGCCAUAAGGAGGGAAAGAAAUACAACGAUGGAGUUAGUGGUAAGGUCGCGUCGGACGACGUGGACGUGUGUGUCCAAAAGCAGCUGGAGCGGUUCGAGUGGCAGCUGAGGAUUCUGAAGCAAGUGCUCUCAGCCAAUGGGGCGCAGGAGAGGGCGGAGCUCCUCAAAGACCACUCCCACGAUGAGCUGUUCGCGAUCAUCCAGAACUUCACGGAAAAGGUCUGCACAGAAACCACCGCCGACCUGAGCGCUGUCCACGAUCAGAGGAGCAAGCGACGGACUGAGGAGCACGAGAGGGCAGUGGAAGAGCUGCAGAGGCAGCAGCAGCAGGAGAAGAACGACCUCACAGAGAGCUUCCAGGCAGCAGAGACCCUCCUCAAGGGCCAGGUGGAGACGCUGACGGCAGACCUCCAGGUGUACAACCAGCUGAAGAAGAGGGUCCAGGCGUCCACCUUUAAGAAGGACCUACUGCGCAAUAUACAGGCCCAUGGCAGCCCAGGGGCAUUCUGGGAGUCGGAGCAGGAGUCCCUCCUCUUUGUCAUCGAGAUGAAGAGUGAGCGUGUAGAGGAGCAGGGCAAGAAGCUUUACCAGCUGCAAACUUUGGCAGAGAAGAACCUGUCGCUGGAGGAGCAGAUCAUCCACAACCUGCAGCAGAACGAGGAUCUGCGUGUCCGAAUGGACAACUAUCAGAGCCUCAUCCAGCAACUGUCGAAGGAGCAGAAUGAGCUGAAGGGGGCGCUGGAGAGGCAGACGGGGGUCAACCAAAAGCUGUCUCAGGAGAAGGAACAGCUGGUGUUCCGGCUGCGCCACCGAGACACCUGUCCCAGCAUGCACCUGCCCGUCAUGCUGGCCGAGGUGGCGCCCUGAACGUGAACGGGAAGCCCCUCCUUGAAAUGAGGCCGGGGAAACACCGCCCCCCUGGAGUCCCAGCCAUACACCGGAGACAAAACUUCUGCAGAAUCUUCUGGAACCUACCGACCGUCUCCAGCCAUGGUGCCGCUCCCUUCUUCCCCACCCACAACCCCCCUGUGUACCAUGGGCAGGGCCGUCGGACUGCGGGGACCAAGGGGACAGUUGUGGGGGGGCCCAAGGCAGAUGACAAAAAAAAAAAAAAAA